UUUGCUAAAUAGUUUGCAGAAAGCACCUGUUUGUUUUGACAGGAACUACAUUACGACUGGAAUCCCCCACAAGAAGUCCUUUCAAGCACGUGCAAGCGAAUAAAGCUCUUGAUCGAUCAGCUUUUGGUAUUAACCUAAUUUUUUGCCUGCAUAAAGUCAUUUAUGAAUAACAAAAGGAUUUUGGAGGACAACUAAUUAAGAGUGUCCACAGACUUCACCGCAAUUGGGUAAAAGAAGCCAACUUGCAACUUCCAAGUUUCGUUAUCGAUCACCGAGUUCGCUCAUCUCAAGCUUUUCUGGCGGCCAACUUCUGCACUGGCGGACGCAGUCGAUACAUCAUCGGAACUUGCGUUGAUCCCUCGUUUCCAAGAACAAAGCCAAUUGCCUCGAAAGAGUGAAGCUCAAGAGGUCGUUCUGAUACAAAGCGUUUCUCCACAGUGACCCUCCGUUACAAUCCUCCCAUCCGCGAGUCAUCUAUUACGCAACUUGAGCUUAAACGAAGAAGAAAGGACACAAGGAAUGGGGACUCGGUAUAUAGUGCAUACACAUGCAUACAGAGAGUCCAGUGUCCUUUCUCGUGCUUUAAUUCAAACUGAUUCUUGCUGGGGAAUUUUGGUCGAAUGCAGAAGCUAGAUCUCAUGCAUCAGGGACGGACAAGAAGAAGUGGGAUGAGGAGGAAAUGGGCAGCUUCAACAGUUUUGCUCACAAGCUAAACAAUCACCAAUGCAGUGCUUUUGUAAAGGUUUUAAGUACUUAAUCUUUUGCAAGGGAAUCAACCAGUGACACAUGGCACAUCUUCAACUAGGCAAUGACAUUUCCAUACUUUCGCCCCUGUCUCUGUUGCUGCUUUUCAGAGAUCUGACUACUUGGCACAACCCCAAGCGAUGAGCACACCGAUGUCCUCUUUUCUUUUGGGUGGGGGGUUGUACAGCAGAAAAGGUUCUGCAAGUUCUUUCGUCAUAGCCAAUUGAAUUUGAACGUGGAGACAGUGGAUUCAUGUCUGUCAAAUACCGGAUCGUCUGGAUGAUGAUGAGUGUUAACAAGAAGCCAAUGCCAAUCCCCAGCGCAUGGUGUAGGAGGUUUGUCUCAUUUAUGUCACCAAGCACAGGGACAGGAGGCAACAAGAACCUGGGUUCUGUCGAGUGAUUUCCCUCCCUUGCUCUUGGAGCUGUCUGCAUCACUUCCGAGUAGAGAGUUGGGAGCCUCUGCAACUUCUUCUGACUAGGUUCUCUGUCAUUUUCUCUACUGCUUUCUUGAAGUAGGUUUCUGUGGUGCAGCAGAUGAAAUCUUUCGGCCACUUGUGUUCUUUAGGUUUCUUUCCAUCUUUUGUAUGGGAAAGACACAGCUCAUUAUGUUGUGUUUGUUGGCUCUCUUAUUUUAACCUGCAAAUAGCUCUCCCGGGAUGUUGCAUGCAGUUGUUGGUUGGCUGGAUCACGAGUUAAAUAAGAAAAGGAGCUGCCUUUGUAGGAUUCCAAGAACCAUGCAAGUGCGCACUGGCCCAUGGGGCUUGGCUCUGAUCCUAUAUCUCCAAGCAAGCAAGUUGGCGAAUGGCGUGCUUGGAGACGAUGCCUGAUCAUGGCGGCGGCCGGGAUCAGCAGUUGCAGCCUCUGACCGCCGCCGAACACGGUUCCUUCCACGGCCUCACGCCCAACGAGGUCCAGAGCCGCCUGGGGGAGCCCCUGCACGGCCUGAGCCUCGGCGACCUCCUCGAGCGUGCCCCUCUAGUCGCCGACGGGCUCCGUUGCAGUGGGAGCGGCGGCGUGCCGCGUGCCCUGAGCAAGAAGACCAUUGUCGAGGCGUGGAGGGACAUCCAGCUGCGGCACGAGGAGGGGAGCAGUGAACGCGCUGUGCUCGGCGAAAUGACCGUCGAGGACUUCUUGCCGAAAGCGGGCGCGGCUGCACAAGGCACGGAUUCUGGUGUUGCGGACGCUCAUGCAGUGCGUUCCCCCGGCCGAGGGAGCAAUUCGUCGGCUGCUGCAGCGACCGCGCCGCCGCGUUCACGACGACGGAGGAGGGUAGCAACAGAGGACGUGGCCGAGAAGAUGGUAGAGCGGAGGCAGAAGAGAAUGAUCAAGAACCGGGAGUCAGCUGCUCGAUCUCGAGCAAGGAGGCAGGCUUACACGAACGAGCUAGAGAACAAGGUCGUCCUCCUCGAAGAAGAGAACCAAAGACUCGUGAAACACAAGGCAGUGUCCUUAAAUCUCAAACCUGACACAUCUUUUAGCCCUCCAAGUUCUAAGCAUGCAGCUGAGCUUGCCAUGUUCAUCAUCUUUGAUUCUUCUUCCUUGCAGGAAUUAGAAGCAGUAGAACGUAGCAUGCCACAUCCAGAUCCGAAACACCAGCUCCGACGUACGAGUUCAGCUCCAUUCUGACCAUGUCAAUAUCGAUCUUCGAUGAGGUAAUCCGGUGAAACAUUUUGCCCAUCUGUUACGUGAGCUAUCGAGCUCGAUAUGUUCACGAGGGAGAUGGUGGAAGCUCAACAGGCCGUGACUGCCGUGUUUGUUUCGGCUUCCUAGCAUCGAAUGCUGUCUGUGCUCUCUUUAUGGUGCUAAUGGAUGCUUUUACUUUGGAGAUGGGAUGUGAUUUAGUUCUUUGUUCAAUGUCUCGAUGAGAUUUAGUUCAUCACAUUGAAUUUGUAAAUGAGUUAUUCCUUCUUCGAUUGCCAAUGCUUCAUAGGAUUUCGCAUUAAAAAUACUAUUUCUGAUUGAA